AUGCCUUCGCGGAGCGCGGGCUUGGCGUGGAUUCGAGGGUUGACGGGUUAUGCCGUUCCCACUGCUUGCCAACUGGACUUCACUCUGUUCGGCCAUCUGUUUUCCCAAAUUCGGUGCAUGGUCUUCCUCAAGUCCAUUGCCAAAUUUCUUCGUUCUGACUCAAACAAGAGGCCGACCACUUGGGACAUUGAAGAUCCGUUCAAGCAGGACGUCAUCGAAGAAGCCAUUAACUUGUACUGCUGGAAUGUUGCCGAUGGCUCGAACAUCGUCGUCGGCGUCACAUCCGAUGAGAAAGUCGAGUUCCUGUUGUCAGAUGGGUGUUAUGGGACGCUGGAUGAGAGCUUUGGACUGAAGGUCGGAGAUGACAAUGUCGAUGAACGCGAUUUUUUCUUCCCUAUCCUCCCCACCGUUGCUGUGUACAUCCUCGGUACAAUCACCAGAUCCUCGCAUCCGCGUCCCGCCGAAAUUGUUCUUGACCACGAGUCCGAGAUCGACGUUCACCUUCGGAACGCCAUGACCCUCUCUGCCGUACCACGUAUGAACCGGUCGUCAUCUUCCCCGAAGCUAUACUUUUCUUCCCUCCCCUCUAUCACGCGUUCAAUCUCAUCGUACGACGAAUUUCGAUGCAGAUGGAUUCCUGAACUCUUCGGCGACAUAGCUGUCACUGAUCUAACGGAUGACGUGACACUGAUAGGUAGAGCAUGCAGUGGUGGUGCGUUCAGUGAUGUAUGGAAGGGGAAGUGGUGGGACCAAGUAGAAGGGAAAGAACGUGCCGUCGCGAAGGAGAAGCUGUUUAAGAGGUUGCAUGCAGAAGUGUUGACUUGGCAUUAUUUAUGCCAUAGGAACGUGUCGCAACUGUACGGGAUUAUGCAGAGUGAGACCAGUGUUGGAAUGGUUUCGGCGUGGUGCGAGCAUGGGACCAUCAGACACUACUUGAAGAGCGUCAAUCCGAAGGCGGAUCGAAUGAAACUGAUGCAUCAGAUCGCAUCUGGUGUCGCUUAUCUUCACGAUUUCAGGCCUACCAUUAUCCAUGGUGACCUCAAAGGGGCAACAAGGUCAUGUCAACUUCUUCGUUCUUCUUCGUUCGCGGGGUCGAUGCGGUGGAUGGCGCCGGAGAUUGUUCGGGCACUCGUUGAAGUUGGGUCAGAGGCUACCAUGCCGCAGGUUACGACUGCGAGUGAUGUAUAUGCUUUUGGCUCGGUCUGUCUGGAGGUUCGUCGUGACCGGUGCCUGCCUUAUGCAUAUCGAAAACAUGAUCCCGGAGUGAUGUUUGAUAUAAUGGCAGGGUAA